GAUGGCUGUUGCAAAGCUACACUUCUCUGUUCGUCCUCUUUGUCGUUCUUUUAUCUCUUCAGCAAGAAUGCUUGAAGAAUCCAUUAAAGCUGUGGUGGAAGAUAAAAGAUAUGAACAGAUUCCUGAUAUUCUAAGCUCUUCUGAAGGGUUUCACUGCAGUCCGAAUCCCUUUUCAUUUUUAUCCACCUUCCCUGAAAACACAAGUGUCAAAAUUGUUGACGAAAUUUUACAGUCUUUUUCUCCGAUCAGGCCUCGUUAUCGCCCUCAAAUUGCAUAUUCCUGUCUCCUUUCCUACAGUCUCCAAAGCUCAAAUCCUCUCCCACUUGCUCUUGCCAUUCUCCAGCGUACCCUUCGCUCUGGCUGCAUUCCAGUACCUCAAACUCACCUCCUACUCUCCACUGCAUGGAUUGAACGUCGGAGUAAAUCCUAUUCUGUUUCAAGCAUAUUGUUGGAAAUGCAGGAUAUUGGAUAUGCACCUGAUUGUGGCACUUGCAGUUACCUAAUCUCAUCGCUUUGUAAGGUUGAUCAGAUAGAUGAAGCAGUUAAUGUAUUGAAGGGAAUGGGCCGUGCUGGUUGUAGUCCGGAUUUGGAUUGUUACGGUUCUUUAAUUGACAACUUAUCCGAGCUAAGAAUGACGUCUGCUAUCAUAAAGACAUUGAAUGAAAUGGUUGCCAUAUUUGGCUUGAGCCCCAGAAAAGAAACUUUGGUGAAACUUUUGGCAGCAAUACGGGCUAACAAAGAGAUAAGGAGAGCAAUUGAAGUAAUUGAGUUCUUAACAAAUGAGGGUGUGCAUAUUGGAUUCGAGUGCUACCAAUCAGUGCUUGAAGGGUGCUUAGAGAGCCGGCAGUUUAUUUUGGCUGGAAAGUUUGUGAUAGAAAUGACCAAGAGAGGCUUUAUACCAUACAUAAGGUCAAGGCAAAUGGUUGUUGAAGGCCUGACAAGUAUUGGUGAGUGGAAACUUGCCAAUGCCGUGAGACAGAGGUUUGCAGAGCUAAGGUCGUAGUUCCAUGCAUACAUGUGAAUCAGUAAGCUUUAUAGAAAGGGAUCAAGAUCAUUAUCCAGACUGAAGGUGUGACUGUAAUUUCAGCAACUCCGUUGGGAGUCCUCUCAGAACCUAGGUACUGUAUAUCACUUUAUAGUUUCUUGAUUAGUUUAUGAAACUCAAAGCUCGUU